AUGAGCUCGGGAGACCACCGAAAGCGCUACAGAGCAGAACCGCCUGAUGCUGAGUUUGCCCUCCAGAAAGCACGCGAGAUUUGGAGUCGUGACACCCGAAGACCAAGAGCUGUGGCUACGGAAGAUGAAGAUUUUUGUGGUUUUUUUGGCUGUGGUGUGCUGGUCUUCCUUUCUCUUUGGACUCUACUUGAAUGUUUCGAUCAGAUCCCACCUGGUGGAGAAGUCUGUCAUCUCAUGUGGACGCUCAUGUUUCUCAAAAUCUAUGCUCGAAAUACUGUCUUGUCUUCUUUGGCUGGUGGUGUUGACCCGGAUACCUACAUGAAGUGGGUGUGGCUCUUCCUCGAUGACAUCGUUUAUCUGAACUGCCAUGUGAUUAUUUGGAAGAAUCGACUCAAGCUUGACAGAGGCAAUGAUUGUCUCACUAGCGUGGACUGCACUGAUUGUCGAAUUCCCAACCAUGGACCGGAUUUUGCUUCCCACAAAUUCAACAAAAAGAGUGGUUUGAGACCAAUGUACAUCAAAUGCCCAGCUGGAUUCGCCAAUCCGGAGGAGACUCUCUUCAUGCAGCAGAGAGUUCGAAACAGGCAGGAAACAAUCAACGAGCGAGUGAAGAAUUGGAAGGCCAUAGAUGGUAUGUGGAGACACGAGAUCACCCGCCAUGGGGAUGCCUUCCGUGCCAUUCUCAUUGUCAGCCAGCUAGCAAUCAACAGCGGAGAGCGGUUGUUUCCAUGUCGCUACCGCGAUCCACCCUACCAUGGACCUGGAGGCGAAAUGGACCUUGACGACGAUGGCCUCUGAUGGUUGGCCGGAGCGGGCUGGAUAAAACUGGUUAGUAGUGGC